AUGCUCAGACAGGUCACAGGUGCACAGGUGGGCACACCACUGAAAGGUCAUCAAGGCUCGAUUGAGUCUAUUGCUUAUUCGCCAGACGGACGUUAUAUUGUCUCUGGGUCUUAUGACAAGACAGUGCGCAUUUGGGAUGCUCAGACAGGUGUACAGGUGGGCACACCACUCGAAGGUCAUCAAGGCUAUGUCCGGUGUGUUGCUUAUUCGCCAGACGGACGUUGUAUUGUCUCUGGGUCUGAUGACAAGACGAUUCGCAUUUGGGAUGCUCAGACAGGUGCUCAGGUGGGCCCACCACUCGAAGGUCAUCAAAACUGGGUCGGGUCUGUUGCUUAUUCGCCAGACGGACGUCAUAUUGUCUCUGGGUCGUAUGACGAGACGAUUCGCAUUUGGGAUGCUCAGACAGGUGCUCAGGUGGGCACACCACUCGAAGGUCAUCAAGGCUGGGUCUGGUCUGUUGCUUAUUCGCCAGACGGACGUCAUAUUGUCUCUGGGUCUUAUGACAAGACAGUGCGCAUUUGGGAUGCUCAGACAGGUGCACAGGUGGGCCCACCACUUGAAGGUCAUCAAGGCUGGGUCUGGUUUGUUGCUUAUUCGCCAGACGGACGUCAUAUUGCCUCUGGGUCUUACGACAAGACGAUUCACAUCUGGGAUGCUCAGACAGGUGCUCAGGUGGGCACGCCACUCGAAGGUCAUCAAGGCCCUGUCUUGUCUGUUGCUUAUUCACCAGACGGACGCCAUAUUGUCUCUGGGUCGAAUGACAAGACGGUGCGCAUUUGGGAUGCUCAGGUGGGUGUACACGAAGGUACACAGGACAGAGGUCACAAUUAUCUGUCAAGGGUCCCGGAGGAUGGAUGGGUUCGGACUUCGACAGGUGGCCUUAUACUAUGGAUUCCUCACGAGUAUCGAAGGGGUGUAUGCGACAUGAGUUUGGAUUGCUUUCCGAGAAAUGAUCCUGAUCAUCCUGUAAGGAUUGACUGGCAGAACUUGUGUCACGGAGAUACAUGGGCGAACGUCAAGAUAAACCACGAGGAUUAG